AAAAAAAAAAAAAUUAUUUAAAUUUAAAAAUUGAAAUUCCUUUAAAAACAUCAUUUCAAAAAAUAUGACUUUGUCGUUAAAACAAGAUUGGGAAAUUAGACUUAGACCUCUUUAUAUCAAAUAUGCUGAAAAUGAUAGAAUAAAUUUGUUCAAUAUAAUCAAUCAAUUCGAAUGUAAUGAAAUUUAUAAUCCUAAUAUUGACGUACAUGAAAUAUUCGAGCAUAUAUACAAACAAUCCUCUCAUGAAGGUGGAUUAACAGCAAAAAGACAACCAAACCCAUUUAUGAUUUUCAGGACUGCCUUGGGAAUAACCGCAUCACGUAAAUGUGUUAAACUUCGAGACGGAACUUGUCAAAGUAAAAUUGCUGGUUUAUUAUGGAGAGGAGCAACACAACAUGAAAAAAAGAAUUUUGAAACUUUAUCUUUAAAGUUUAAGAAUUUACACAAACAAAAGUUUCCAGGGUAUGAAUAUAGGCCGAAAGCAAGAAAUCCAGUCUCUGGCACUUUUGUUGAUAUGAAUAAUAAUUUUGGAACUAGAAUCGAUUCUAACAACCAAUCAAUGUCUCAAAUAUCCCAACAAAUCCAGCAGAUUUCUAAAGAUAACAAUGCCACAUGGGAUCAACCAUCUUCAUUCACGUUUACAGGUUAUGCUGCUGGAUUAGAAGGAUUAGAUUCAAAUUUUAUGAUAGGUGGUUUGCAGUAUCAACUUCAGCAAGAACAAACUCAAUUUUACCAAAUCCCUCAAUUCCCGUUACCUGAAAUGUAUGUACCUCAAACAUACUUACCUACGGAACUCUAUCCAACAAAUCCGUUGAAUAAUGAGAUUAAUAUAAAUAAAGUCGAAUAUUUCCAACAAGCACCUCCUCCAUCCAUCGCUGAAAAUUGCCCAAUUCAAUGUUUUGAUUUUAAUAAUGGAAUAGAUUUUCAUUUUGGAUAAGAUUUUUCAAAUUAUCAUUAUUUUUAUUUUUCGUGAUGCAUAAUUAUAUAUGU